AUGUUCAAGUUCUUCUUAGGCGGUGGCGGAAACCAGGAGAAAACAGAUGAUGUCAAUGGUGGCGGAGGCGACCCCCUGGAUCUGCAGGCCUUGCCGGAGGGAUGCACAACCACCCUUGUCUCGCUGACCACGCCUCGGGACGCGGGCAUGAUGUCGUCGAUUUCGAGGAGUUUCAGGUCGCCCGUUGAAUCCGACGUUGUUUGGGACAAGUUCCUCCCCCCCCCAGAUCCACACUAUCCUGUCCUCCUCCUCACCCCCACAAACUGGAACCCGACCUAUCGACCCCCUGAGUCCUCUGGCACCCUCUACAUCUCCACCAAGCAAGUGGUUUGGUUGAGUGAUGUUGAUAGAGAGAAGGGUUAUACUGUGGACUUCUUGUCUAUAUCGCUGCACGCUGUGUCCAGAGACUCGGAGGCCUACACCUCUCCUUGUAUUUACACUUAG